AGUCGCCCCCUUCCUUCGGCCGGCUCGGGCCUCUCUGCCCGCCAGCGCCAUCUUGAGAGGACAAGCGGGGACAGGGGGGCCUUGUUGUCCGCCGCGGAUCCCUGAGGCGCGGGAUCUCCCUCGCGCGCGGACUCGGCCCACGGGUCGGUGCCGUGACUGGACCUGGACCGGCGGGGCUGAGGAGGACGAGCCGCCGCCAUGGAGGACGAAAUGCCCAAGACCCUGUAUGUGGGAAAUCUAUCAAGAGAUGUUACUGAAGCUCUAAUUCUCCAGCUGUUCAGCCAGAUUGGACCAUGCAAAAACUGCAAAAUGAUAAUGGAUACAGCUGGAAAUGAUCCAUAUUGUUUUGUGGAGUUUUAUGAACAUCGUCAUGCAGCUGCAGCUUUAGCUGCUAUGAAUGGACGGAAGAUAAUGGGUAAGGAAGUCAAAGUGAACUGGGCAACAACCCCCAGCAGUCAGAAGAAAGAUACCAGCAGUAGUACCGUUGUCAACACACUGCGUUCACAAGACCACUUCCAUGUCUUUGUCGGAGACCUCAGCCCAGAAAUUACAACUGAAGAUAUAAAAGCAGCUUUUGCACCAUUUGGAAGAAUAUCGGACGCACGAGUUGUUAAGGACAUGGCAACAGGAAAAUCUAAAGGAUAUGGCUUUGUUUCUUUCUUCAAUAAAUGGGAUGCCGAAAACGCUAUUCAGCAGAUGGGCGGACAGUGGCUUGGUGGAAGACAAAUAAGGACUAACUGGGCAACGCGCAAACCUCCAGCUCCAAAGAAUACAUAUGAGUCAAAUGCCAAACAGCUCUCCUAUGAUGAUGUUGUAAAUCAGUCCAGUCCAAGCAAUUGCACGGUGUACUGUGGUGGUGUUACAUCAGGGCUAACAGAACAGCUGAUGCGCCAAACGUUUUCUCCAUUUGGACAGAUAAUGGAAAUUCGGGUCUUCCCAGAUAAAGGGUACUCCUUUGUGCGGUUCAAUUCUCAUGAAAGUGCUGCACAUGCAAUUGUUUCAGUCAACGGCACAACCAUAGAAGGGCAUGUUGUGAAAUGUUAUUGGGGAAAAGAAACACCAGAUAUGAUUAAUCCAAUCCAGCAGCAGAAUCAAGUGGGAUAUCCACCCCCUUAUGGGCAGUGGGGCCAAUGGUAUGGAAAUGCGCAACAGAUUGGUCAGUACAUGCCUAAUGGCUGGCCAGUCCCUGCAUAUGGAAUGUAUGGACAAACAUGGAAUCAGGGAUUCAGCCAGACACAGUCUUCUGCAGCAUGGAUGGGUGCAAGCUAUGGCGUACCACCACCUCCACCCCCACCCCCACCACCUCCCCAAGGACAGAAUGGAAGUGUUCUAACUAGUCAAACUGGAUAUCGGAUGGCAGGUUUUGAAACACAGUGAGAGAGACGGACUCUGGAAUAGCAACAACUGGUGGCUCUGAGGCUAUAUGGAGCAUUGUAAAUCCUUUGUUUACUUUAAAAAAAUCUAUCCAAUCAAGUCAGUGCAAAUGUCAGAAACAGUAUUUAUUUUUAAUCAUGAAACUUUUGUCCACAUUUUUUUUAAAACACACACACACAACGGGAAAUACUAGAUGCUGGAUAUCUGCCAACUUUUGCCUUCUUUUCCUCUUUUGAGAUGUGUUUCUUAAGAUCCUUGUUUUGAAACACAACUAAUGCAGGGAUUUCUGCCACUUUUAGAUUGGGGCAGAAAAUUGCACAAUAUCAAACUUUUUUUCCACUGAAGUAGCGUGCAGUUCUAGUUUGCAUUCCUAGUAUGAUUUAAAAUGUGUAUAUGAAAGCAGUUAUACAAAAACCCACGCCAAAACUGUGUGAAUUCUGAAGAUUUAUUGUGAUCUUCAGCUUGUGCACAAUUCUGUUUUAAAGAGAGCCUAUUGUAUAAAGUGUCCAUCUCCUCACUUUUGUUAUACUGGGGUUACAAAUAUAACUUAUUGGUUUACAUUAUUUUGUAUCUAGACAUUUUUCAAAAAGUGGUUUUUUGCCUUACUGUCAGCUAUUAAAUUAUUAAAUGGGGGGUGGGGACAGGGAAUUGAUGAUUGACAGAACUAGUUGAGCAGGGCGCUCUGAUGAAUCCAACUCUUCAUGUUGUUAACUGUUUCAUUGUUAGACUUCAGAAGGUGCCUGGGAAAUCCCUGUUGGAUUUGCUUCAAGAUCUUUUAUCUUCACUGAUGAAUUUCAGCCCAGUUUCAAAUACUGCUAAAAAUGUGACAUUCUUAUGAACCAGCUUUUUAAAAAAAUCUGUCAGUUUUUACAUUUAACAUGUAUCCUUUCUCAUGUAAACUAUUUUAGCAAAUUAAUAUUUUUCACAAAAGUU